AUAGUAUUAUUAUAUAGCCCCAUGCAUAAUCUGUCUUUCUAUAAAUGUAUACCUAUAUUGCUUUCUUCAUCUUCAUUCACUAGAAAAUGACAUCUCAUAAUCUUCUUCUCUUCAUAACUCUUCUUACCUCGUUGUUCCUCGCUGCCACAGCAUGCCACGUUGACGACGAAUCCGGGUUGCUGGCAUUCAAGUCGGGCAUAACCCGAGACCCGUCCGGGCUUCUUUCUUCAUGGAAACCCGGCAUCGACUGCUGCCAGUGGUCGGGUGUGCAGUGCCGGAGCGACGGACGGGUCACGAUGCUGAGUUUCCUCGGAGAAUCCGACGUCAAACCCACACUGUCGGGCACUAUAUCUCCGUCUCUCUCGAAGCUCAGGUUUCUCGACACCAUCUUGUUCCAGCAUCUCGGAGGUUUAUCCGGCCUGUUUCCGGAUUUUCUGUUUCACUUGCCGGAUAUCCAAACCGUUUUCUUCGUCGGGUGCAAGUUGUCGGGUAAAAUACCGGAAAAUAUCGGUGAACUCGCCCGGCUUAGUUCACUGAGUUUGGAGGGGAACCGGUUCUCCGGUUCGAUUCCGAGUUCGAUAGGCAACCUGAGUCAACUCACUGAGCUCAGACUGGACGGCAACCGCCUCACCGGCGGCAUACCGGAAAGCAUAACUCAGUUGAAGAAACUUAAUACUCUGAGCCUGAUGAAGAACAAACUCUCCGGCUCCAUACCGGACUACCUCGCCGCCUUGCCGGAAUUCACCACUAUCCGCCUUUCACACAAUAAAUUCUCCGGCGAAAUCCCUCGCAGCAUUUCAGCUCUAUCGCCCACACUCCAAUUCCUCGAGCUAGGGCACAACAAAUUAAGAGGGAAAAUCCCCGAUUUCAUCGGGAAUUUCCAUGCCCUAGAAACCCUAGAUCUCUCCUGGAACCAUUUCUCCGGCGCGGUACCAAAAUCGUUCCUGAAUUUGACGGCUCUGUUCGUCCUCGACCUCUCCCACAACUUCCUGGUCGACCCGUUCCCGACAAUGAACGUGGAACGCGCCCAGACACUGGACUUAUCGUACAACAAGUUCCAUCUCGGAGAGAUUCCCGAUUUCGUGACGGCAUCUCCCAACAUGUUUUCUCUGAGGCUAGCCAGAUGUGGCGUCAAGAUUAAGCUUGACGAUUGGAAGCCAAAGGAGUAUCUAUUUUACCUGUAUAUCGAUCUGUCGGAGAACGAGAUAACGGGGAGUCCGGUGGGGUUGUUUAACCGGACGGAAAAUUUGAGAGGGUUUUAUGCGUCGGGGAACAGGCUGGCGUUUGAUUUGGAGGAUUUGAGGUUUAAUGUGAAGGAAUUGAAGGAGUUGGAUUUGUCUAGGAAUAGAGUGUUUGGGAAAGUUCCUGAAACUGUUGCGGUGCUUCAGAAGUUGAAUCUUAGUCAUAACCGCCUGUGCGGUCGGCUUCCGGCGACAAAAUUUCCGGCAGGCGUGUUUGCCGGAAAUGCUUGUCUCUGUGGUUCUCCAUUGCCGCCAUGCAAGGCUUGAGCGUUUAUGCAGUUAUGCAUGAUUUUUUUGUUGAA